GGCCGGCGGCGGCCGCCUGGCUGCUCCCGGGGCCACAUGGCUGAGGGGGACGCAGGGAGCGACCAGAGGCAGAAUGAGGAAAUUGAAGCAAUGGCAGCUAUCUAUGGCGAGGAAUGGUGUGUCAUUGAUGACUGUGCCAAAAUAUUUUGUAUUAGAAUUAGCGACGAUAUAGAUGACCCCAAGUGGACACUUUGCUUGCAGGUGAUGCUACCAAAUGAAUACCCAGGUACAGCUCCACCUAUUUAUCAACUGAAUGCUCCUUGGCUUAAAGGACAAGAACGUGCAGAUUUAUCAAAUAGCCUUGAGGAAAUAUAUAUACAGAAUAUUGGUGAAAGUAUUCUUUACCUAUGGGUAGAGAAAAUAAGAGAUGUUCUAAUACAGAAAUCUCAGAUGACAGAACCAGGUCCUGACAUCAAGAAGAAAACUGAAGAGGAAGAUGUAGAAUGUGAAGAUGAUCUCAUUUUAGCAUGUCAACCGGAAAAUCCUGUUAAAGCAUUGGAUUUUGAGAUUAGUGAAAAUCAAACAGAAAUAGAAGAAUUACCUCCGAUUGAUCAUGGCAUUCCUAUUACAGACCGAAGAAGUACUUUUCAGGCGCACUUGGCUCCGGUAGUUUGUCCUAAACAGGUGAAGAUGGUUCUUGCCAAAUUAUAUGAGAAUAAGAAAAUAGCUAGUGCCACCCACAACAUCUAUGCAUACCGAAUAUAUUGUGAGGAUAAACAGACCUUCUUACAGGACUGUGAGGACGAUGGGGAGACAGCAGCUGGCGGGCGUCUUCUCCAUCUUAUGGAGAUUUUGAAUGUGAGAAAUGUCAUGGUGGUAGUAUCACGCUGGUACGGAGGAAUUCUACUAGGACCAGAUCGCUUUAAACAUAUCAACAACUGUGCCAGAAACAUACUGGUGGAGAGAAACUACACAAAUUCACCGGAGGAAUCAUCUAAGGCUUUGGGAAAAAACAAAAAAGUAAAAAAAGACAAGAAGAGGAGUGAACAUUAA